UAAUUAAAGGAAACCUGUUGGCACUAGCAGUAUAGUACUGUUUUUUAAAGAAGAAAACCACAAAACCACUCAAUUUCUUCUCUUUCAAGCAUUCACAGAGAGAGAGAGAGAGAGAGAGAGAGAGAGAGAGAGAGAGAAAUCAAUCCAGCAAAAAUGCAUUCGAAUCAUUUGCUGCUCGAGGAGCCAAUCCGGAUGGCUUCCAUACUGGAGCCAUCCAAAUCGAGUUUCUUCCCUGCAAUGGCGAAGAUCGUCGGAACGUUGGGUCCACGCUCUCGAUCCGUCGCGGUUAUUUCCGCUUGUCUUAAAGCUGGAAUGUCUGUGGCCAGAUUUGAUUUUUCGUUGGGUGACGCUGCGUAUCAUCAGGAAACUCUGGAAAAUCUGAGGACCGCGAUUAAGAGCACUAAGAAACUCUGUGCUGUUAUGCUAGAUACCGUGGGCCCGGAAUUACAAGUUGUUAAUAAAAAGGAGACGACUAUAACUCUUAAGGAAGAUGACAAAGUUAUUCUGACACCUGAUGAAGGUCAAGAAGCUUCAUCUGAAAUUCUGCCAAUCAACUUUGCUGGACUUGCUAAGGCUGUGAAGAAGGGAGACACCAUUUUUAUUGGCCACUACCUAUUUACAGGAAGUGAAACAACUUCUGUAUGGCUCGAGGUAGAUGAAGUAAAAGGCAAUGAUGUGGUUUGCGUAAUCAAGAAUUCUGCAACAUUGGCUGGAUCAUUGUUCACAUUGCAUGCUUCUCAAAUUCGCAUUGAUCUGCCUACUUUAUCUGACAAGGAUAAGCAGGUCAUCAGUUCAUGGGGUGUGAAAAACAAGAUUGAUUUUCUGUCUUUGUCUUAUACACGUCAUGCAGAGGAUGUCCGUCAGACUCGUGAAUUUCUAUCCAAGCAUGGUGAUCUAAGUCAAACUCAAAUCUUUGCUAAAAUUGAAAACGUAGAGGGUUUAACCCAUUUCGAUGAGAUCCUACAAGAGGCAGAUGGCAUUAUCCUUUCUCGUGGAAACCUUGGCAUAGAUCUUCCACCUGAGAAGGUGUUCUUAUUUCAGAAGUCUGCUGUUUACAAAUGCAACAUGGCUGGAAAGCCAGCAGUGGUAACCCGUGUUGUUGAUAGUAUGACAGACAAUCUAAGGCCUACUCGUGCCGAGGCAACUGAUGUCGCUAAUGCUGUUUUGGAUGGAUGUGAUGCCAUUCUUCUCGGAGCUGAGACCUUACGUGGAUUGUACCCUGUCGAAACUAUUUCUACUGUGGGCAAAAUUUGUUCUGAGGCUGAGAAGGUUUUUAAUCAAGACCAAUACUUCAAGAGGACUGUAAAAUUUGUCGGCGAGCCCAUGUCUCACUUGGAAGCUAUUGCAUCUUCUGCGGUCCGGGCGGCCCUUAAAGUGAAGGCAUCUGUUAUCAUAUGUUUCACCUCAUCUGGAAGGGCAGCUAGAUUGAUAGCAAAGUAUAGGCCAACAAUGCCUGUUUUAUCUGUUGUUAUCCCUAGGCUCAAGACAAACCAGCUGAAGUGGAGUUUCAGUGGUGCAUUUGAGGUAACAAACAUGGUCAACAUAAAUUCAGAAUCCCUAGACAGUUUUAUCAGCACUGCAAGGCAAUCACUUAUAGUACGAGGUCUUUUCCCCUUGCUUGCUGAUCCUAGACAUCCAGCUGAGUCAACAAGUGCAACCAAUGAGUCAAUUCUGAAGGUUGCACUUGAUCAUGGUAAAGCUUCGGGAGUUAUCAAGUCGCAUGACCGAGUUGUGGUCUGCCAGAAAGUCGGAGAUGCAUCUGUGGUGAAGAUUAUCGAGCUUGAGGAUUAAAAAAAAAAAGCCACGACUACGCUUUUGAUCAAGCAUGCCUUAGUUUUUUCAAUUCUUGAAUUGGGACAAUCAUGAUGCAAAUUACCAUGAGUUUUGAUGGCUAUAUCAUAUAGUUUAAUAUUUAAAUCAAUAAACAUAUUGGGCUAAUUCCUUAUGGGAAUGAAUUCGAUUACGAGCCUUCUGUUGUUCUUUAGGCCGAUGACGGAUCUUGCACAUUAUGUAAUUUUUUUUGAAAACUCGAGUAUUGAAAUGCUUCUCCAGAACCAUGAAACUUAUAUGUUAUUUUGUGAUUUAUUUA